GCCUAAGGUGAAAAAAAUACGGAGCUUUCUGACUAAAUCCGGCGCUGAACGUGAAUUAGCAUAGGAAUCAUGUCAUCCACGGAUAUGAAACCCAAAUCCAAACCUGAUGAUAACCAAGUCAUCUCGCGGAAGGCAGUGAGAGAUCGAUUACAUGUGUUCAUGAAAGGAGGUGGUUGCGGAGAAUUAUUUACAGCUUGUAUAGGUGGUGAUAAGGCGAAAGAUAAGCGGGAAGCCUGUUCGAUGCUGGAAAAAUGUAUGAAGGCUCGCUCUGAUUACUUUCAGCCGUCUUUCGCGUUGAGGAGAGAUGGCGAAGAACUGAUGGAGAGGGAGAUCGAAGUAUUCCUCCAUGCGAAGCCAAAGGACAACACUUCCACGCUGUUUGAAAAGUUCAUGACAGGAGGACCUUGCAAAGAAGCCUUUAUGGCUUGGGAUGACUUCCGCAAAGAAUGUAAGAAGACCGGGAGGUCUGAGAGAAGUUGUUUUAGUCCUACACCUGCUUUUAAUACCCUGGUCAAGUGUAUGCAGGCUGAUCGCUCUAAUUACUAUCACCCGUAUCUCGCGGUAUUCAAAACUGUUGAAGAACAUCUUAAAAAGGAGAUCAUGGCCUGGGCUACGAGGGCGCAAGCUGAUGCGAAGAAGGGUUAGAUUAAAAACAAUGAUGAGUUAUAUUAUGUAACUUUUAUGCUUACUUUUUUUUUUGUUUU